ACCUCGAAGCAAUUUCGGGUUGUUGGAUGCUAUGAUGCUACAUAGAAACAUGGGAUUGCUUACACUCUAUACUGCCUUCCCCGUUCGUUGUCAUCGGCAACUAAAACCCUCCUGCAACAACCUUCUAAAACCCUACUGUUUAAGUCAAUCACAAUCGGCCGCCAUGAAAUCCCCCCUCGAAGAAUCCGACGUAGGCAUCUCUUGCUACAUCUCCCCUCUCCCUGGCUUUCGUGGCAUUCUCAAGCAAAGGUACUCUGAUUUUAUAGUCAAUGAAGUGGAUUUGGAUGGAAAUGUUGUUCAUUUGACUUCCUUAGAUGCACCAAUGGAGGCAGCAGAGGAACAUGAAUCAAAGACUACAAAUCAACCAAACGAUAAGAUAAAUUCAAACGAUGAAGAUGGAGUUACAGUUACCAAUACCUCCAUUGUUCUUUCUCCAAGUUCUGAUAAAGUUCAUCGAACAGCAGUUCAUAAUUUUUUCAAAGAGAAACUCAAGUUCUUGGUUACAGACACAGUAGAUGGACCUGAAUCCUCAUCAAAAUGCAUACGUGUGCGAUUGAAUUCAGGGGGGAAUAAUGAAAGAGGCAGAGGUUCUAAGAAGAGGAAAGGAAGAGAUGAGACUCCUUAUGAUAGUAGAGGUUCAGAUCAUUGGCCUGAGCAUCUUGGAAAGUUUCUCAGAUUUCAUCUUUGUAAGGAAAACAAGGAUACACAAGAGGCAUUAGGGGUGAUUGGAAAGAUGCUUGGCAUUCAGCCAAGGGCAUUUGGAUUUUCUGGUACAAAAGAUAAGCGUGCUGUAACAACUCAAAGGGUCACUGUAUUUAAACAGCGUGCAAACAAAGUGGCUAAUCUGAAUAAAAGAUUAAUUGGAAUUAAAGUUGGCGACUUUUCUUAUGUCAAUGAAGGUCUUCUUCUUGGUCAACUCCAUGGAAAUCGAUUCGCAAUCACACUAAGGGGGGUGGUUGCAGAUUCUGAGGAUACUGUAAAAGUAGCAGCAGUUGCUUUAGGAAAACAUGGAUUUGUAAACUACUUUGGUAUGCAGAGAUUUGGGAGUGGUUCUAUACCUACUCACCUUAUUGGUGCUAAAUUACUUAAAGGAGAAUGGAAAGAAGCAGUGAGCAUGAUUCUUGAUCCAAGGGAUGAUGACAUAAGGAGGAUUCGGGAAUAUUAUAAAGAAAGUGAAGACAUUGAUGGGACUUUGAGACAGUUACCUCGCUUUCUUGUGGCUGAAAAGGCCAUUCUGCAGUGUUUGAAAAAGUGUCCAGGGAACUACUUGCAAGCUCUAAAGGCUGUUCCUAGGACCCUUAGAAUGAUGUAUGUGCACAGUUACCAAAGCUAUCUAUGGAACCAUGCAGCUAGCAUGAGAGUACAAAAAUAUGGGAAUGAGGAAGUAGUGUUGGGGGAUUUGGUGUAUUGUAAUGAAGAAAGUUGUAAUGAAAUAAAGGAAGUCAAAGUCAAUGAUUCUGAAUAUGAACAGAAUAAUGAUUCAUUAGAGAAUAAUCAUUUAGAUGAGGCUGAUGCACUUCCAUCUGAAGGAACUUGUACCUCAGUAAAGGUGGUUAACAAGGAAGACAUUCUUUCAGGGAAUUAUACAGUUUCUGAUGUUGUCCUUCCUUUACCUGGUUCAAGGGUAAUUUUUCCAAAUAAUGACAUUCAACAAUAUUAUCAAGAUUUGGCUGACAAGGAUGGUGUGAGCUUGAUGGAGAGUAUGCAUAAUGGAGUUUCGCUAACCAGCAUGACAGGAGCUUAUCGGCGAGUAUUUGGAAAAGCCAAGGAUUUUGAAUGGGAGUUGAUAAAGUAUACAGAUGUAAGCAUCCCAUUGGCUACGACCGAUUUAGACAUUGUUUCAAAGGCCAAUGAAGCAUCUUGCUAUGCAACUAUGGCUAUUAGGGAGUUGCUAAAAACAUCAACUUCUACUGCAUUUCACAAGACUUUAAAUUAAUUAGGAGAUUACCGAGACUGAGUAUUGAAGGAAAACAACACUUUUGGAAGCCUAGUCUAAUUUAUUAUGCAAUUUUGUGUAGAUUUGAGACUUGGGUUCAUUAUUU